AUGGUGCGUUGUAGUGUUAAAGGGUGUAAAAGUGAUAGUGGAACGAAAAUACCAGACUUGUCUUUUCAUUCUUUUCCUGAAAAUGAUAAUUUACGUCGAAAUUGGAUUGUAGCUACAGGACGAACAGAUUGGACCCCAAAACUGUCAUCAAAAAUUUGCAGCACACAUUUUGACAAAGAAAUGCUAUUCAAAAAGAAGAAACUUACACUGCUAUUACCUAAUGCUGUACCUUUUCCGGAUAAAAUGUCUGAAGUUGAAAAAUAUGGAGAAACUUCGGCAGCAGAAGAUAGUCCGAUUAUAGAAUGCCGAGCGUGUUUGCAAAUAAUGAAUGCAGACUCGAGCUUUUUCAACAUUUUCGAUGGAUGGAUGCCGCCUUGGGAAGGAAUGGAGAAUACCAUAGCUGAAGACUUAGCCAAGCUAGCAAAGAUUCAGAUAUUGGAAAGUGAUAAACAUUCCCACAUGAUAUGUGAAAAUUGCUGUCAAGUGUUGCUCACAGCAUGUAACUUUACUGAAAUUGUUAGAAAAAAUGAUAAAAUUCUUAGAGAGAGGUAUGGUGAAGAUUUAAAAGACUUCAAUUCAGACAAUGAUAGAAUCUGGCCAAAGCCAAUACAAGUAGAUAAAUCAUUACCAUUUGAAAAUCCUAUUGAUAUUGAGAUCAAGCAGGAAGUUGUUUCGGACGAUGAAUGUCCUGUUGCAAAUGGUUCAUAUGAACCCCACAGAGAAGACGAACCUAAUUUGGAUAUUGUUAAAAUUGAGCCUGAAGAGAUGAUCCAGCAACAGCCUUUACAAAUACAGGUUUCAGUUAAUGGCAUCUUACCAAAUCAGCUAAGCCCAGAACAAAUGGACGAUUAUGAUGUGCAUUUAACAAAUGGUAAUAGUGACAGCGGAGAUGGGUAUACAGAAGGCACUGUUAAAAGUGAACCAGUUAGUGAAGAAGAUGACUUUGAUCCCGUAUUAUCUGAUUUACCACUCGAGUGUAUGCUUUGUGCAAAAACAUUUAAUAUGGUUACUGGAUUAAAGGCACACGUAAUCGCACAACAUUCGUACAAGUCGGUUAAAAGAAAGAGCAGCACUAGCUCUAGUUUAUCCCCAGAGAGGAAAAAACGUAAAUAUAUCUGUGCUAUAUGUAGGCGAAAUUUCGCAACUUCCACCGACCUAAUGGUGCACGAAACCUGUCAUAAUAAGAGCGUGUGUUAUGGGUGUAAUGAAAACUUUGAUACGUUUGUACAGUUGACGAAACACAGACGGACAUGUAAGGUUAUUGCUAGUAAAGAAGUCACCAAGCUCAAGACACUGGAUGAUGUUUUAAGACCACAAUCCAAAGAGCCAGCUCAAGAAUUAAAGUGUACAUCUUGUAACGAAACGUUUACAGAUGUAUAUUACAUGAAUAUUCAUCAAGAAAUUCAUCAUAAUACUGAAGAAAGUGUGAGUGACUCAACACCUUUGAAAGUCUAUCAAAGAAAAAAGUCA